AAGAGGCUUUUUCGGGCGUCUCGAUCUUUGACGGUCUGGUACGACGUUCCCAUUUAUGCCUAGAUACCCAAUCAUUAAGAUAGAGUUAUCACAUUCUUCAAAUCUCCUCGAUACUUUCGCAAUGAUGCUCUCUUAGCUUUACACUUGGUUGUUUCCUGCUUGUUUCCCUUUGGAAAUAUUCUCACUCUCGUUUUCUAUUGUCUAUUGUCUUUUGUCUUCUGUCCUUCUUUCUUUUACAUUUAAUCCAAAUCGUGUUCGGUAUGAAGUCGUGGUCAUGCAAUUUUUGAGCAGGUUUCUCACUGAUGCGCAAAUGGCAUGGUUAACAUCUUCCAUCAAUUGUUGUGCGGCGGGGGACGAAGUGGAGAGCUGUGAACCAGAGAAAUCAAUGCGAAUAAUAAAUGGACAGCCCCAAUUAAUAUCUCCCCCAUUGUCACAAUCUCCAGAAAGGCCACCAACAGCAUCUGCUUUUGAAAGACCAGAUACUCGAGGAAAGGAGCGAGCGAGAACUCGAUCGAGGACGUCAAGUCGUGGAAGCAGCUUUACUUUGAAAAGAAAUGCAUCAUCUCGUGCUUCCAAUCGAAUGGUGAUUAGUGCGCCAUAUAACUUCCAACAUCAUACGGAAACGAGUUAUGUGAGAGAGCCCGAACGAGUCGUACUUCGAAAAGAACCGAGAUUGCGACCGUUGGAAUUGAGUAUAUACUUACCAGGAAAUCGAUUAUCACCACUGCCUGAAUUUGGACCUCACUUCAAUGAAGACAAGACGAAUCGUCCUUUAGUUCAUAUGAGAAGCGAGUCAGCGUUGGAAUUUAGGGUACCUAGAAAGCCAGUCCUAUCGACAGUCAUGGAAAGGAGAUCAAUGAACACUGAGGAGUUGUUGAAUGCUUUGUCAAAUGAUUUGCCUCACGAACGUCCUACACGAUUGAGAGCAAAUACAGAACCACUUGCGUAUGAGAGAGUCAAGUCCGCGUUACUAGAGAAUAUGGAAUUGGACAAAAAGUUAAAAGAACUUGAUGAUGCUAUCGAGAGACGAAGUAUUUAUCUACCCAGUCGACCGGUAAGUCGUGCAAGCCGAGCCGAAAGCCGACAAGAAAGACGCGAGAGUAUAUACUCGGAGUUCACAGAACCCAUGCCAGCCAUCACCGAGCUGCCACUCCACCAUAUCGAUCAUCGUCCUCAAACCGCACCCUCUCGUCCUCGUCGCAUGAAGUCCCUAGACUCUUCUCUGCACGCACCCAAGCUUCUUAAAGAGCGUCCGUUACCUCCCCCUCUCCCAUUAGUCCUCCAAACACCUCAAAUUAUAAAUCAAAGAAAAUCUCUAUCGCGGGUCUCUUCCUGGUUAUUCCCAUCUGGUUCGGAACAGCAACACUCCCGCCACAUGUCCCUCGAUUCCGUUACCAACACUCCCAGACCCGUAACAUCUAGAGAUGGCUUUUAUCAAUGCAUUGAAGUCAAAGAAGUUCAUAAUCCACACAGUGUUAGUAGUGUGAGUAGUAUCAGGAGUGAAGUUGACGGCAAUGAAGAUUACGAAGCGACGAGUUGGAGUGAUAGUCCAAGUCUGGGAUAUGGGCCUAGAUAUGCGCGUGGAUUGGGGUAUGAAGUGAGAAUCGGUGCGGAUAGUAAGGGGUUGCAGGUAGCGCCACCAAGUAGAGAUGGAGCGAGAACAUUCGGUGGAAGUGAAAAGGGUGAGGAGGCAAGAUGGAGUAUGGCUUAUGGAUAUGGAAAAGAUAGUGUCGGAGUCGCAAUUUGAGAAAUCGAGAGAUUUCUUGAGUUGUAUUGUAUAAAUAUUAAAUGGUUGGCGGGAAAGGAAAGGAAAGGAGAUUGGGAUAUGGAGGUCUGGUUGCUCGGUGGUAUACAUGGAUGGAUGGAUGGUACGGUCGGUCGGUCUAUUCGAUCUGGAUGAUUCGGAUACUGGUUCUUCUCAAAGUUUUUUGUAAGGGGGAAAAAGGGUCAGGACACUUCCUUUAUGAUACCACCUAUUGUUAUUUUCGGCGUUGUGAUUUUAGAUAUACAUAUUCAAGAUAUAGUAAUGAGGAUGCGGAUUUAUGUAUACA